AAUCGCUGAGUCGAUCGUCUUCCGCGAUACCAGCUUCGUCGCAUCGCUUGCCGCCGCGCUCGCAAAAUCGGACGAUUCGUCUAUUAAUCUCGACCGCGGAACGAUAACACGAUUUUCAUCUCAAGAAUGAAGUACAAUCAGUACGUGUCGCUGUGCCUCGUGGCGCUUGUCCUCGGCCAAGCCGCCACCCUGCCGCAGCAUCCGCAAUACUCGCAGCAGCUUCAACAGCCCCAGCCUCAGCAGAUCAGGGAGGACAGGAAGUUCGCCGAGAAACCGAACGCUAUGAAGAAGGUCGCUCUGGACGACUUGGACGACAUCAGCACCAAUCAGAUCCAGGAAGGUAGCAGCAGCGGUUUCUCAUGGUCGAACAUGUUGAGCAUGGUGAUGCAAAUGCUGCUCGGCCAAACCGGCGGCGUGGCUGGGCCCAGUAAGAACGACAUCGACGACGGCGCACCGACCAGUCCCUGGGCGAACUUGUUGUCGAUGGGCUUCAGACUGAUCACCGCCCUUCUCGGCGGACCCCAACAACCUGUCGACGGCAUCGACAAGGUCGACAAUCAGAGCAGCACGAUGCAGGAUAUAUUGGCUGCGAUGCUGGGCGCGUUUCUGGGACGAGACAGGGACCCUAAUCAGAUUUAUACCAUGGCUAAAAACGCUUCCGAGUUCAUUAACAUAGUGGUGAACCUUCUGGACGCCUUGAAGACUUCGUUCUCUCACCGUUCGCUCACCGCUAGAUCCAUGGGGAAACGUGACACCAUUUCCGAAGCUGCGGUCACCACGCUCACCAUGCUCAAGGGUUACGUGAGAUCGCUGAAGUCGUUCAACAACGUGGGCCGCGCCGAGGACGAAGGGCACCGAGGUUGCGCGGAGCGCGCCCUUUGCGAGGCGAGCGCCGAGUGCGUCGCUAAGUCCCAGGGCACCUCUUCCGUUUUCUGUCAGUUCGGAUCGUACGCGACGAGCUACCUGCUGCAAAGGCAGAGCGGCGUGGCGUUCGACGCGCUUUACGAGGCGAGUCGACGAGGCCGCAGCGGAGAGGACUGCAGGACCGUUUUCCUGAACUGCAACGCCGUCUGAGAGUCUCUCGUCCCGAUCACCUGAGUACGAUUUAGGCCGCGUGGGACCCGAACGGAUCCGGACUCGAACGCACCGAUGCUCGAACGACUUAAAAACGUUCUUAAACGACCGAGUCGUACGCUUCGAUCGAUCGUUAUCCUUGACAAGUUCGAGAUCUUCGCUGGCAGCCCGAGCUGCUCGGGGUCCCGACGCUUAUAUCGCACUCAGAACAGCGAAGUAGCUUUAUACGCGACGUGGAACAUGCGGAACAUCGUGUCGAGACCGACGGACUCGCCGGGAAUCUCGGCGGGCCUAACCCUCGAGGCUCUCGGCCGCAGGACUCGGCUUAUUCCCUCGACUGAUUCGGCUCUAUUUCGCGAUCAACUAAUCACUAAUCGUUCUCGACUGGCCUAUGUACCGCAGUAAAGUAACGCUCACGAGAAUCGGCCGAGUUCUCGGCGAAUGAUCGCGAGUCCUCUCGUCGGAGAGUUCGUCCGCUUUACGGCGGAGACGAAACGGAAGACCUGAACGAACUCGAGGAACGCUCGGACAGGUCUCUCGAUACUAUUUAUUUCUAUUUAUUGAUUCUGAAUAGACUGAGGAUUUGAUGCGUUCGUAAAGAAAAAUGGCUAGGUGAAAUUUUAAGCAACGAAAAUAUUCGAAGAAUCCGAGAGGACAUCUCUAUGUAUUAUUUUUAACUGACUUGAGUCGCCGAAGGCGGACCAGAGAUUUUCAUUCGACUCAUCUUUGUCGCAAUUGACGAGGACAAGUUUUAUUUUGCACGAAGAUCCGCAGUCUAAUUAUGAGUAAACCUAGAUAGUAGACACCGCUCGAAACUCGACCUCGGCUACGAUGCCAGAUGGGAGACGAAGCAAUGAGAUCGCGCCUCAGGAAUCACGUCUCGUGGUGACGAGAAGCACAAGCCUCCCUGAAUCGACAGAGCUCGAGUUUAUCCUUUCGUAUUUAAUCCAUAGUUUGUUCGCGGUUUGCGAGACAGAAAUUCACUUUCGGGGAGGAAGACGAGCUUUGGGCAGCUGGAUCAUCGACGAUCGGUAACGAUAACGUGCUCGGCGGAUCUUGGCACGGUCGGGCCGAGAUUCGUCGUUGUGUGGCCCUCCCCUCGAUUCGAACGAGUUAGCGUCUCAGGAUACUAUAUUCGUUUUUUCGCCACCCGUUCGAGAUUAUCUACUGUAUAUAGGCAAUUAUAUACGUACGCAGAGUGACCGGGUGGACCUUAUCGCAAUAGCCCGCGCUCUAUUUAGCUCGGUUAGCGUUAUCAUUUAGAGUGUAAGCUGUAUUUAUGCGCGGAUUGUAUUUCAAUCAAGCUAAUAAACGGUCUCGUUCGCAAA